ACGAUGAUUUAGAAAAAGAUCCAGACUAUUCUGGUUCUGGUUUUGGUCCUGAUGACGAAGAUUCAUCAACAGAUCACCAUCAUAGACGUCCAAGCAUACAUACGCAAACUGGUAUUUCAAAACAAAAUACAAACGACAACGAUUAUAGCACCAGUAGAACCCAUCAAACAAAUAGUGGCACAAUCAUUGGUAGCGGCACUAGUGGCAAUUCAGGCAUCAUCAGUGGCAGUGGAAACACUGGCAUUAAUACAAUUGCUGAUAUCAAUAAAAAUUCAGGCACCAUACACGAGUUGGACACAAAUAAUAUAAAUAGCCUACCACCGGAUACUACAUUGAUUGAGCAUACAACCGGCAACGAAGUUUCGAUCAUGAGUGACGACGAACGAGCGACGAGCUUCUUUGCUCAGCCUGGUAUUUUAGCCGCUGUUAUCGGCGGUGCUGUUGUUGGUUUACUCUGUGCCAUACUCGUAGUCAUGUUUAUUGUCUACCGUAUGAGAAAAAAAGAUGAAGGAUCCUAUGCUCUGGAUGAACCAAAACGUUCACCGGCUGUCAAUUCCUACGCGAAAAAUGCGAAUAAUCGAGAGUUCUAUGCCUGAGAUAUCUCCCCACGGUACUAAACGUUAAGCAAAGAAUUACCAAUAUAAUUUAUAUACAACAACAACAACAACAACAUGCAGCAAGCAAUAGAAACAAAAUGGCAGCAGCAACAAAAUUAUAAAAAAAUUAUAACUUAAACUUAUAGCAAAAAAAAAAGGAUAAAGAAUGAGAAAAGGAAUCAGAAAAAAGAGAAAACAAUAUAUGAUGUGAACGGUGCAGAGAAAAAAAAAUUUGAUAUUCAAUUUACAAUUUAUAGCAACAACAACACAACAACAAAUAUUAAAUGUCAAUAAAUUAAAAAAACAUUUACAAUGCCCUACACCACAAACAAACAAACACACAUACACACAUACUCACAGUAAGCCUUCGUACACAAAAGUUACUCACCGUGAACUUCAAAUACGCAGUAGUAAGUUUUGAUCGUUGAUCAUUUAACGAUCAUAAAAUACAUAUAAAAACACUAAAUAAUUUUCUAUAUGAGCGUCGACUGUUCAUUUAAGCAUAAAUGAAAAAAAUUAUUAUGUACUAAAAACUACAUACUCAUAUAUACGCGAAAGUAGAAAAAUAUAAAAAAUUUUCUGAAC